ACUUAUAAUACAGUCUCUCUCCUCUCCAUCCCUCGCUCGCCCUCUCUCUCCCGGCCUCUGCACUCUCCCAAUAAAAAUUUUGCUGGAAUCCACCCACAUAAAGACAGAUCCUUUGCGCCACUGAGCACCGGGCAGUGGUUGCUCGCUCGCUCGCUCAGAUUCAGUCCACACAGAGAGAGAGAGAGAGAGGAGAUGGGUCGAGUCGAGCGGUGAAGUGUGCGGUUCGACGUUUGUCUGUGUAAUGAGAGCGGCCCCGGACCUCUUCUUCUCCAGAGGAAGACGAUGAUGGCUCGCCUAGAAACGACCCAGCAAAGCCCCGCUUCUCUCUUCGAUUCCCUCUACUGCUCGGAGGAGCCCUGGGAUGCCCAGGGACCAGAACUGGACGUGGACGACGAGGAUGACGAUCCCACGGCGUUCCUGGCGGACCAAGAUCUGUCCUGGGAGGACGAAGAGCUGGCCCGCCUCGCCUCCAGGGAGGAACCGAACCCUCUGCGCCGGGAUCUCGCGGCCGACCCCUGCCUCGCCGGAGCCCGGCGGGAGGCCAUGGGUUGGAUGAUGAAGGCGCACGCGCGCAACGGCUUCUCCGCCCUCACCGCCGUGCUCGCCGUCGACUACCUGGACAGGUUCUUGUCCGGGUUCGGCCCGCAGGCGGAGAACCCGUGGACGACCCAGCUAACCGCCGUGGCCUGCCUCUCUCUGGCCGCCAAGGUGGAGGAGACCCAGGUCCCCUUUCUAUUGGACCUCCAGGGGGAGGAGAGCAAUUACUUGUUCGAGGCUAAAACGAUUCAGAAGAUGGAGCUGCUGGUGCUGUCCACGCUCCAGUGGAAGAUGAACCCAGUGACCCCGAUUUCUUUCCUCGAUUAUUUCGCGAGGAGGCUCGGGUUGAAGGGCCAUCUGUGCUGGGAGUUCCUGAGGAGGUGCGAAGAGGUCCUCCUCGCCUCUCUCUCAGAUUGCAGGUCAACGAGCUAUCUUGCUUCCGUAAUGGCUACUGCUGUGGUACUCCAUGUGAUUAAUGAUCUAGACCCUUGUUUGGGACUGCAAUGCCUGGACCAGCUCUUGCCCAUUCUAGGAAUGCAAUCGGACACGGUGGAUGAGUGCACUAAGCUAGUCUCGGAGCUGGCAUCGGCGAUUCGCGGGCACCGAUCGAGCAAGCGCAAGUUCGGAUCGGUGCCCGGGAGCCCGGACGGAGUGGUGGACGCUUACUUCAGCUCCGACAGCUCCAAUGACUCGUGGGCUCUUGCGGAAUCGAGAUCAUCUUCUCCCGAGCCUCUGUUGAAGAAGAGCAGGGCUGAGGAUCGACUUAGGCCGAACUCUGCUAAUGUUAAUUCGGAAAUUCUCCUCUUUCCUCACUAGUUUACUCUUUCCUAAUUUUCCCAAUUAUAACGUAUUUAACUCAAUAAAAACACACUCCUUUCUCGCCA